AUGCUGAAAAGGAAACAGAGUUCUAGGGUAGAAGCCCAGCCUGUAACAGAUUUUGGUCCUGAUGAAUCCUUAUCAGACAAUGCGGAUAUCCUGUGGAUUAACAAGCCAUGGGUGCACUCUUUACUGCGCAUCUGUGCCAUUAUCAGUGUCAUUUCCGUGUGCAUGAAUACCCCAAAGACCUUUGAGCAUUAUCCUCCUCUUCAGUAUGUGACAUUUGCUCUUGACACGUUACUGAUGUUUCUCUACACGGCAGAGAUGAUAGCAAAAAUGCACAUCCGUGGCAUAGUCAAGGGAGAUAGCUCCUAUGUGAAGGACCGCUGGUGCGUGUUUGAUGGAUUCAUGGUUUUUUGUCUCUGGGUGUCCUUAGUUUUACAGGUGUUUGAAAUCGCUGAGAUAGUUGAUCAAAUGUCUCCUUGGGGCAUGUUGAGGAUCCCACGACCGCUUAUUAUGAUUCGAGCAUUCCGGAUUUAUUUCCGCUUUGAAUUACCAAGAACCAGGAUAACCAACAUUUUAAAGCGUUCAGGUGAACAAAUUUGGAGUGUUUCCAUUUUCCUUCUGUUCUUUCUGCUUCUAUAUGGGAUUUUGGGUGUCCAGAUGUUUGGGCCUUUCACGUAUCAUUGUGUAACAAAUGAUACAAAGCCAGGAAACAUAACCUGGAAUAAUUUGGCAAUCCCAGACACACAUUGUUCAAAAGCAUCAGAAGAAGGCUACCAGUGUCCACCAGGAUUUGAGUGUUUGGACCUUGAAGAACUGGGGUUAAGCAGACAGGAGCUGGGCUACAGUGGUUUUAAUGAGAUAGGAACAAGCAUAUUUACUGUUUAUGAAGCUGCUUCUCAAGAAGGUUGGGUCUUCUUGAUGUACCGAGCAAUUGACAGCUUUCCCCGAUGGCGGUCCUAUUUCUAUUUCAUCACCUUAAUUUUCUUCCUUGCCUGGCUUGUUAAGAAUGUAUUUAUUGCGGUCAUCAUCGAAACAUUUGCUGAAAUCCGUGUGCAGUUUCAACAAAUGUGGGGGUCCAGAAGCAGUACAACUUCAACAGCAACUACCCAGAUGUUUCAUGAAGAUGCUACAGGAGGAUGGCAGCUGGUGGAUGUUGAUGUGAAUAAGCCUCAGGGCAGAGCUCCAGCAUGUCUGCAGAGAAUGAUGAGGUCCUCAGUUUUCCAUAUGUUUAUCCUGAGCAUGGUAGCAGUGGAUGUCAUUGUUGCUGCUAGCAAUUAUUAUAAGGGAGAAACUUUCAAAAGCCAGUAUGAUGAAUUCUACCUUGCAGAAGUGGCCUUUACAGUCCUCUUUGAUCUGGAAGCUCUCCUGAAGAUCUGGUGCCUGGGCUUUACCGGAUAUAUCAGUUCGUCUCUUCAUAAAUUUGAACUGUUGCUGGUUAUUGGAACUACUCUGCACAUUUAUCCAGUUCUCUACCAUUCACAGUUUACAUACUUUCAGGUACUUAGAGUUGUUCGACUUAUAAAGAUUUCUCCUGCACUGGAAGAUUUUGUAUACAAGAUUUUUGGACCUGGAAAAAAGCUUGGGAGUUUAGUUGUAUUUACCGCCAGUCUAUUAAUUGUAAUGUCAGCCAUUAGUUUGCAAAUGUUCUGUUUUGUGGAAGAACUAGACAGGUUUACCACAUUUCCAAGGGCUUUCAUGUCAAUGUUUCAAAUCUUGACACAGGAAGGAUGGGUAGAUGUCAUGGAUCAGACUCUUAAUGCUGUGGGUCAUAUGUGGGCACCUGUUGUCGCUAUUUACUUCAUAUUAUAUCAUCUUUUUGCUACCCUGAUUCUGCUGAGUUUGUUUGUUGCUGUUAUUCUAGACAACUUGGAACUUGAUGAAGAUCUAAAGAAACUUAAACAAUUGAAACAAAGUGAAGCAAAUGCAGACACCAAGGAAAAGCUCCCACUACGUCUACGGAUAUUUGAAAAAUUCCCAAACAGGCCUCAAAUGGUAAAAAUCUCCAAGCUCCCUUCAGAUUUUACAGUCCCCAAAAUAAGGGAGAGCUUUAUGAAGCAAUUCAUUGAUCGACAGCAGCAAGAUACAACUUGUUUAUUGAGAAGGCUUCCAUCAGCUUCUUCUUCCUCGUGCGACCACUCUAAAAGGCUGGCAAUUGAAGACAAAUAUAUUGACCAGAAGCUUCGCAAAUCUGUUUUCAGCAUUAGGGCAAGAAAUCUUCUGGAGAAGGAGACUGCAAUCAAUAAAAUUCUUAGCAAGAGGCCUUUGGACACUUUUUCUGAGUUAUUUCUGAACUGCUGUAUAUCCCCAAUUAUUACUUACCAUGCUACCUCUUUACCUAGAGCCUGUACCCGUCAGCGUAUGCUUAGUGGAUCCUUUGAGGGACAGCCUGCAAAAGAAAGAUCUAUUCUUAGUGUCCAGCAUCAUAUACGCCAAGAACGCAGGUCACUAAGGCACGGCUCCAACAGUCAGCGAAUCAGCCGAGGAAAAUCUCUUGAAACGUUAACUCAAGAUCAUUCUAAUACAGUGAGGUACAGAAAUGCACAAAGGGAAGACAGUGAAAUAAAAAUGAUCCAAGAAAAGAAAGAACAAGCAGAAAUGAAAAGAAAAGUUCAGGAAGAGGAGUUGCGGGAGAAUCACCCCUAUUUUGACAAGCCUCUUUUCAUAGUCGGUCGGGAACACAGAUUUAGGAAUUUCUGCCGAGUUGUUGUUAGAGCUCGCUUUAAUGCCUCUAAAACAGACCCUGUUACUGGAGCAGUUAAAAAUACAAAAUAUCAUCAGCUUUAUGAUUUGCUGGGAUUGGUUACUUAUCUAGACUGGGUAAUGAUCAUCGUUACCAUAUGCUCCUGUAUUUCAAUGAUGUUUGAAUCCCCUUUUCGAAGAGUGAUGCAUGCACCGACACUACAGAUUGCUGAAUAUGUUUUUGUAAUAUUCAUGAGUAUUGAACUUAACCUGAAGAUUAUGGCUGAUGGCUUGUUUUUUACACCAACGGCAGUCAUCAGAGAUUUUGGAGGUGUCAUGGAUAUUUUUAUAUACCUUGUAAGCCUGAUAUUUCUCUGCUGGAUGCCCCAGAAUGUUCCUGCUAAAUCAGGAGCUCAGCUGCUAAUGGUUCUGCGCUGUCUCCGGCCCCUUCGUAUUUUCAAACUGGUACCUCAGAUGAGAAAAGUUGUUCGGGAGCUAUUUAGUGGCUUCAAGGAAAUAUUUCUAGUUUCAAUCCUUUUAUUGACUUUAAUGCUUGUUUUUGCAAGCUUUGGAGUUCAGCUUUUUGCUGGGAAACUGGCUAAGUGCAAUGAUCCUCAUAUAACAGCAAGAGAAGACUGCCAUGGCAUAUUCCGAAUAAAUGUAAGUGUUUCCAAAAAUCUAAAUUUGAAGCUAAGACCUGGUGAGAAAAAGCCUGGAUUUUGGGUGCCUCGAGUCUGGGCUAAUCCUCGAAACUUUAACUUUGACAAUGUUGGUAAUGCAAUGUUGGCAUUAUUUGAAGUUCUGUCAUUAAAGGGGUGGGUAGAAGUCAGAGAUGUUAUCAUUCAUCGUGUAGGUCCAAUUCAUGGCAUCUAUAUUCAUGUUUUUGUAUUCCUGGGCUGCAUGAUUGGACUGACCCUUUUUGUUGGAGUUGUCAUUGCUAAUUUCAAUGAAAAUAAGGGGACAGCUCUGCUGACAGUUGAUCAGAGGCGAUGGGAAGAUCUGAAGAGCAGAUUAAAGAUAGCACAACCUCUUCACCUCCCACCUCGUCCAGAUAAUGAUGGAUUCCGAGCUAAAAUGUACGACAUAACCCAGCACCCAUUUUUCAAGAGAACCAUUGCAGUUCUUGUACUCGCCCAGUCUGUGCUAUUGUCUGUUAAGUGGGAUGAUCAAGAUCCAGUAACUGGUCCAUUAGCUGCAAUGUCAGUGGUCUUCACCUUCAUAUUUGUUCUAGAGGUUACCAUGAAAAUUAUUGCCAUGUCACCUGCUGGAUUUUGGCAAAGCAGAAGAAAUCGUUAUGAUCUCUUGGUGACAUCCUUAGGUGUCAUAUGGGUGAUACUCCACUUUGCCAUAACUAAUGCCUAUACAUAUAUGAUGGGAGCAUGUGUAAUUGUGUUCAGGUUCUUUUCAAUCUGUGGGAAACACGUAACCUUGAAGAUGCUGCUGCUGACGGUAGUUGUCAGCAUGUACAAAAGCUUUUUCAUCAUUGUAGGGAUGUUCCUACUGUUGCUUUGCUAUGCUUUUGCUGGAGUAGUUUUGUUUGGGACUGUGAAAUAUGGAGAGAACAUUAACAGACAUGCCAACUUUUCAUCGGCUGGUAGGGCCAUUACUGUACUCUUCAGAAUAGUCACUGGGGAAGACUGGAACAAGAUAAUGCAUGAUUGCAUGGUUCAGCCUCCUUUUUGUACUCCAGAUAACAGAACAUACUGGAAAACAGAUUGUGGGAAUUAUGCUGGUGCUCUUAUGUAUUUCUGUUCAUUUUAUGUCAUCAUUGCAUACAUAAUGCUGAAUUUGCUUGUGGCUAUAAUUGUGGAAAAUUUCUCUUUGUUUUAUUCUACUGAGGAAGACCAGCUCUUAAGUUAUAAUGAUCUUAGACAUUUUCAAAUUAUAUGGAACAUGGUGGAUGACAAAAGGGAGGGAGUGAUUCCUACUUUCCGAGUCAAGUUUUUGUUGAGGCUAUUGCGUGGAAGGUUAGAGGUAGAUCUGGAUAAGGACAAACUUCUGUUCAAGCAUAUGUGCUAUGAAAUGGAGAGGCUGCAUAACGGUGGAGAUGUAACAUUCCAUGAUGUAUUGAGCAUGCUCUCAUAUAGAUCAGUUGACAUCAGAAAAAGUCUUCAGCUGGAAGAACUGCUUGCUAGGGAACAACUAGAGUACACCAUAGAGGAAGAAGUUGCCAAGCAGACGAUACGCAUGUGGUUGAAAAAAUGCUUGAAGCGCAUUAGAGCAAAACAACAACAGUCAUGUAGUAUCAUCCACAGUCUCCGGGAGAGCCAACAGCAGGAGUUAAGCCGUUUCCUAAAUCCACCAAGUAUUGAGACAACGCAGCCAAGUGAAGAUAUGAAUGCUAAUAACCAGGAUAACAAUGCACAGCCUGAAACAAGUAGUGAACAGCAGCUGCUUAGCCCAACACUUUCUGACAGAGGUGGAUAUCGACAAGAUUCUGGUGAGGCUGGUAAACCUCAGCGGAAGCUUGGACAAUGGCGUCUGCCAUCUGCCCCAAAGCCAAUAAGCCAUUCAGUGUCUUCAGUCAAUAUAAGAAUUGGUGGUCGGACAACUAUGAAGUCUGUUGUGUGCAAAAUGAAUCCCAUGUCGGAUGUGGCUUCAUGUGGAUCAGAAGUUAAGAAGUGGUGGACGAGGCAACUUACUGUAGAGAGUGAUGAGAGUGGAGAAGACCUGCUGGACAUCUGAUUGGGAAAAGACUCCAGUUAAAGACACACUUAUGCAACACACCUGUGAAGGAAUAUCAACUGUGGACAUUUCUGCUUGUUAAUAAGCAGUUCUAAUUGAUUGUUUAUAUCAAGAUAAGCCUUGGAACUCAUUGUCUUUGAACUUGGCAAGAUUUACUACUUAAUAAUUAUUUUGAACAUCCAUGAUUGUUAAUAUAAUGAGCAACGCAAAUAAUUACGGUGUUCAGAAAAAAUAGAGGACUUUUGGCCUUGAUCCCAUUUACCAUGAAAUACACUUCAGGCUCUCAAGCAGGGCUUUCUACUUUUCAGCAGACUUUCAAUAUCACUUCUCAGCCAACAUUUGAAAUUUCAGGUUUCUGUGAAAGCAUAUUGCUUUUUAAAAUUUGGGAAACAUCAACGAUGACUAAUAGAAAAAUAUGACAUGUGAUGAUGUGUACCAGGCUGAUAUUCUAUUCUAAUAGUAUGGAUAAGUCAUGGGGACCCAAUGUCUUUAUUUAGAGAGACUGGGAGACAAUUGCUGUGGAAGUAAAAGCAGCCCAAAGAGAAUGUUGGUAUGGACAUGCUGCUAGUGUUUCACAUCACUGAAGUCUUUGUUUAGGUCAGGGUGUGUUACUUCUUUCAAGCUAAUAGUCAUGUUGAAUGGUUGGGUUGGACUGCAUUCCCCAAAACAGAUAAGCCAAGAUAAAAACUAAAAUGGUUUUAAUUUAAUUAUAUUUAAUUUAAUUUAAAUUAAUUAAUUCCUAUUACAUAUGGUCAGUAUGAUUACUCUGUGUGCGUUUUAUAAUUUUCCCUUCUGUCAAAUUAAACAUUGCAGUUUGGUAGCUAUUUUGGGAAAGUCUCUGAGGACACCAUGCAAUACACUGGCCUCAGGUUGUGCUUCUCUUAUUGAGAUAGAUAGUAUUCAUAGGUUAAUUUACAGGUACCCUUGUUUAUGUACAUCACUUGGUCAUUGAAAGUUCCCACUGGACAAAUACAAGUCCUUUUUGCACAUUUGCAACACAUGUUAGUUUGCAAACAAUAUUUCAUGUAUUUGAUUUGUAUCAAAGUUUACAUUAAGAGGUAGUGUGUCAGUAUUUUCUCUGACUCUAUCAGCACCCCCUUUGCCCAAAAAUAAUCAUUCAGACAGAAACAGGACCAAUGUAGUUAAUUUUAUUCUUUUCUUACUUUUCUACAGUAUUCUACCCAUCCAAUAUUAGUAUUGAUUAAUGAUUUGUAGAGCAGUAAGGAAUUAAUUCUGAAUUAAAGGAGUUGUUUUUUCCUUUUCUGUUUUUACAAUAUCUAUUUUUUUAGUAUGCAAAUAUAGUGUGGUUAGUUUUAAAAAAAAUUACGGUUUCAUUGUUCAUUUUUUAUAAUGUGAAGAGCUGAACUGAAGUGCACAGAUUUCUUAUCAGUGCACCUGCUUACUAAGUCUCUAGCAUUUUCAUCUCUGUUAAUAUCAAUCACCUGUUAGAACUGAAACAGAAAAAUAACAAACCGGGAUAUAACUAAUUAACCCAUCCAUGCAUCCCAAGCAUUUGAAAAUUUCAAAACUGAACACAAUCCUUAUUUAGAGAAAGAUGUGGCCUGAUGCAGCAAGUUUCAUUAUAUAAAUAAAGUUCAUAUUUGAUAUUGGGUAUAUGAUUCUUUUGGCGGGCCCAGAAAGACAUCCUGCUUAUAGAAAUCUUGAUUUUGUGCUUCAUUACCUUGUUAGAAAUGAACAUGUUUUUAGCAGAAACAAAUUAUUUCUAACUCACUAUUUAAAAGUCAUUAUAUUGUUGAAGUAUAUUAAUUAUGUGAGGUUAACAUCUAAAGUGUGCCAUUGUAAGUUAUCCAUUCUCUAGUCAUGCUUGAAAUAUCAUUUUUUAUAAAAACAAAAUACUUCGAUACAAGUCGUUAUUCAAGUUAAGGUAAGCAUGAGAUAAUACAUUAAGAAAAGAACAUAGUUGACAGUUCUAAGAUGCUGUUUAUGAAGAUAAAGGUAAAAUUCUGAAUUCCAGAUAUUUAAUGAAUGGUAGCAAAUGAAUGUUUAGGAGCACACAAUUAUGAACCUCCAUUAUGCAUCUAAGUAUCACAGAAAAAUGCAUCAGAUACACGAGCACUGGGGGAAAUUAAAGAUGAUGAAGGCCAGAGAGAAGCUUGGCUCUAACCACUGUUCUGCUAUAACUGCUCAAUUAUAGGUUAUAGCAGUGAGAAUCCAGCUACUGAAUGGGAUCAUUAUCUCCUGCCUCAGAAGUAAGAACAAAUUGACCAUCUUCCUAAUUUUAGUUUUAUAUUGGCCAAACAGAGUAAUGAAGAGCAUGUUUUUACUACCUCUGAAAUGCUUUUACCUUCACCACAAUCACUCAUUCAAAACUUGAACCAGCUGGUUUUUAAAUACAAAAUGGAAGAGUUAAGAUUUUCUUCAAUUUGCCUGUGAAGGAUAAAGUUUAGCAGGUAUCAUAACUGAUCAGUAUGUGGGAUCAGCUAAUGGUUCCUUCAGAAAGCGUGACAGUCUUUUGUAUGUCUUUGCAUUGUGUUUUAAUGGUGUGCAAAACAUUUUAUAUUUAAGGUUUUCAAGUUUGAAAUUUCACAAAAUGUCCUGUUUUGAGUGUAAAACUGCUGUUUCAAGUGUGAAACAACCUGUUCUGAGCAUUUUGGAACCAUUUUUGAGCUAUAAACAGAGGUGUUCUGAGCAUUUUCAAUGUUUGUUUCCAAACUAGAUGAAUGUCGUACAUAGGAUGACCAAACUGAUUAAUAACAGCCAUCUUACUAUUUCUACAAAACAAUUAAAUAUAUGGGGAGGAAGAAACAGGAUUCUGAUGCCUACAUAUAGACAAUAGUGUUUUUAGGGUUUUGUAUCUGCUUCCCAACCUUAGCAUCUUUGGGAUGGGAUCUUUGCCACUACCAUCAUUUCCUAUGGAAAAUAUGUUGCACUACUAUGACCAGACCAGGUUGAAACCACCAGAAACAUAAGAUUUCACUUUAAAAAACCCUAAAAACUGUAAAUUGUCCAUGUUCUCCAAUAGCCUUAUGGACAUAAAAGUCCCAGCAAAACUAACAAUCUUGUGUUGGAUUGACCCAUGCUUUUGCUCUUAAUGCAGGUUUUAUUUUAACCAAAAGAUGUCUAUCCACAGACUUGUAAUUCAUUUGAUUAUUUUGGGCCACAGAUUACUGUCUUUAUGUAGUUGUCCACAUGUACAUUUUACUGUUUAGAUUUAACAUUUAAAUUGAAAAGAUGUCAAACUUCCUAUAAUGUGUUUACUAAACCUGUGCAUUCUGUUGUUUAAACUAGGUUGCAUCAAAAUCCUUCAGAAAAUAUCAUUCCUACUUUUGUCAAA